AUGGCUCUCUCAUCAAUACUGGGCGUGCUCACCGAGGUAGGCAGCUACUGGCAAACCAAAGCUUCACGCUGGUGGCACAAAAAGCCCGCCCUCAACACCCAUCUCUCGACCCUCGCCAGCGCCUCCUCCUUCGAAGAAUGGGAAGAAUCGGCCUUCGCCCUCGACGAGCUCCUGCACCUCGACCUCUGGCGCCAAAAUGCCUCCUCCAAAUACUAUGACUACCGGCUCAUGAACGAGCGACGCAUCGCCAUUAUCAAUUCCCGGGAAGAAGAAGACAUACCCGGUCUCGUGAACCUACUCAGGUCGGGGCUGGUCAGGAACUUGGGCAACAUUACGACUCCGAAGCUGUUCAAUAGGGCAUAUGCGGGGACGAAGUUAUUGAUUGAAGAGUACAUAACGCAAGUGGCGCUGGCGGUGGAGUAUGUGACGGCUUUGCCCACGACGCAGAGUUAUGAGAGUGGGUGGACGAGUCAGGCGAAGUUGGAUUUGCUGCAUGACACACGGCAGGCGUUUGGACGGUCGACGCUGGUGCUGCAGGGAGGGGCUAUGUUUGGACUAUGCCAUGUGGGAGUUGUCAAAGCUCUACAUCUAAGAGGACUGUUGCCGAGGAUUAUCACGGGGACAGCGACCGGAGCUCUGAUCGCGGCGCUGGUGGGCAUACACACUGAAGACGAACUGCUGGAUUUUCUCAAUGGCGAUGGUAUCAACUUAACGGCUUUCGCAAGACACAACAGCGACGGCUCAACCACAGAAGAGAGGCAAGGAUUGAUAUCAAGCCAUCAGACGGGCACAGUGCAGACAUGUCUCCGCCGACUGAUGAGAUUUGUACGAGAAGGUCACUUUUUGGACGUCAACGUCCUCGAAGAGUGCGUCCGUGCCAAUGUUGGCGAUCUCACAUUCGAGGAAGCCUACGCUCGUACGAAACGAGUGCUGAACAUCACCGUUGCUACUUCGAACCGAGGCGGCGUACCUAACCUCUUGAACUACAUCACAGCGCCCAACGUGCUCAUCUGGUCUGCCGCCCUCGCCUCCAACGCUUCCAGCACCCGCCUCUACCACCCCCACAGCCUCCUCUGCAAAGACGAAACGGGUGCUAUAGUCCCCUGGCUUAUAUCGCCGCAAAUAACGUUCCACAGCUGGAAAUCCGCUAGCUACACCACCAACGAGCGCGACUCCCCACUCUCUCGCAUCGCUGAGCUUUUCAACGUCAACCACUUUGUCGUCAGCCAAGCGAGGCCAUAUAUUGCGCCGUUCUUGAGAAGCGAUUCACAGCAUCCCGAUAAUCCGAGGCAGGCGAGGAGACAGGGUAUCGUCGUGCCGUUGCUAAGGCUGAUGACGCUGGAGGUGCAUCAUCGACUUAGUCAGUUGGACUCUUUGGGGAUGCUGCCAACCUCCAUCCGCAGGCUCCUCAUCGACGAGACAGUCCCUGGCCCCAGUCUUACCCUGGUACCAGACCUGGCGCCCAGUGACUUUCUGAAACUGCUCGAAACGCCAACGAAGGAGAGCCUUGACUACUGGAUCCUGCACGGCGAGCGGAGCGUCUGGCCCGCCGUGAGCUCUCUUAAAGUGCGAUGUGCAGUCGAAGUAGAAUUAGACCGGUGCUAUCAACUCGUCAGGCGACGAAAGCCGAUGGAUGCGAGUAGCCCCACUGCAGUUCGAAGCGCGAGUCAAGCAUCUGAGAAACGGAUAAGGAGAGCUGCUAGCGUUGGGCAGGGUUGA